AUAUAAACACACACAACGAGCUGAAUACGAAGCGGGAACCGAGUAAAAGUUUGUGCGUUUGUUGUGUGCGACCUCGCCUUUCUUGCUUUCUACAAUUCAACUAUUACUGUACACAAACCACACAAUCAUCCAAGCUGGAAAUCGAUUGUCAAACAGGUCCAGGCGCACAUUCCCCAGGUCCCUUCGCACAGGGUGCAAUAUUGUGAGCCUUCUGCACCAGAAAUACCUGAAGCAACAUAAAAGCCACUAACAGGUCUCCAGCACGCUCUGUAUAAGCCAUGACGCAAGCGUCGCUAUGGACGCAUUUUACCGAGGACGAGCUAAAAGAGUACAUUAGCAAGCUAGCAGAGCCGGAGACUGCUGCAGCGUUCCUGGCGUCCGUGCUUAAACUAGACAACUAUCGGUUUGAUGCACGGCAAGCCAUCCUGCUGGACUACGCCAGCUACGCGCUCGAGUUUGCCCACAAGCAGGGUUACGGCCCCACGCGGACCGCCAGCUGGUACAACGUGGCACAUGGCGUGCUGCAGACAUGCAUCAGCGGGGCGGCAUACACGGAGUGCGAGGCGCACUUCAAGGGGCUGAUGCUGCAGCUGGUGCGGCCACGGCCUGGCACCGACACCCCCCACUUCAGCCCGGACCAGGUGGCGGCCGCCGCCGCGUUCAUGGCGCGCGGGCUGCUGCGGCACUACCGGCUAUACCAGCACGUCUUCUCCACCGCGCAGGCGCACACCGAGUACACGGCUGAGCUCAUGGUGGAGACGCCGGUUGUGCCCAGCUUCGAGGCAGCGCUGGGCCAGGCCGACUGGGCCGCCCUGCAUGACCAGCGGCGCGCGGAGGCGGAGGCGGCGCGCAAGGCGGCGGAGGAGGCGGAGGCUGCGCGCCAAGAGGCAGAGGCUAAGGCAGCUGAGGACGAGGCUCGGCGGCUCGAGGAGGAGGCGCGCAAGGCUGAGCUGGCCAGGAAACCCGCCACACUGGAGGAAGCCAUUGAACACUUGGUGGCGACUCGGCUGGAGAAUGAGAAGGAGUCUCUGGCCGCCGCCUACAAGGCCAAAGAGGCGGAGCUGCUGGCCAAGAUCAACAGCCUGGAGGAGGCGGCGGCGGCCAAAAAGCCCGUGUCGGCGGUGGGGGCCAAGAAAUAGAGGGCGCGCAGCUGGGGGCGCCGAGCGGUACUGAGGCGGUUGUGCGGGGUCGGCGUGAGGAGGUGCGUACGACGGCAGUGGCGGUUGGUGGCUGUGGGUCGGCGGGCGGCGGCUUGAGUUCUGUGGGCAGUGGGCCCCUGUGGGCCAGGGCGGCAUAGGUGGGAAGGUGGGUACGUCUGACGUUGCUGAUUGGGCUGUGGGUGCGAGGUCUGUCCGGGCGCCCAGGGGCGAAGUCGGCCAAACAUUCUGUCGCUUCGUGUAAGAGCCCUGCAAU